AUGAAGGGAUCCCAGCUGUUCCUCUGCCUCUUCUCUGUGUCGUGCUGGUUGAAUCUGAUGCCGACAGCUGGGAACAGAAUCUUCCGCUUUGGACGCUGCAGGGUUUCAAUGAGCAUGACUGAGAUCAGGCUUGGCUUCACUGCAAUUAAAGCCAACAUUCAAGCCAGAGACCCCAUCAGGACCCUGAGCAUUUUGUCCCACCCGCACUCUCUGCACAAGGUUAAGUCUUCAGAUAGGUGCUGCAUCACCCAUCACCUCUUCAACUUCUACGUGGACAAAGUCUUCAAGCACUGCAAGACUGAGGAUUCAUACAUCAACCGAAAAAUCAGCAGCAUAGCCAACUCCUUCCUCAGCAUGAAGAGGAAACUCAGGCAGUGUCAUGAGCAAAACAAGUGCAUGUGUGGAGAGGAAUCCACUGAGAAAUUUAAGCAAAUACUUGCAAAUUACGAAGGGCUAAAUGUCACAUCUGCAGCGAUGAAAUCCCUGGGUGAGCUGGACAUCCUACUAGACUGGAUGGAGAAGUCUCAGAGAGCAGAAGGUGUUAACAACCCACCAGUGACUGGAGCUGAGGAAGCUGCUGGGACAUCGCACACUCCAGUGGUGAGCAGGAAGACAAUGUGCUGCACCACUGCAGAUUCCCACUGA